AUGGACUCGUUAUCUUUCGCACCAUCGGCCCCGCCGUGUCCGCCGCCACCACCAUUGUCAACUGGUGCUCCACCAGCCACUCGUUCAAGGCCUUCAACCACUCAUCAAGAUGGUCCCUUGCCUUGGUCCACUGAUCUCUGCGAUUGCUGCCUUGAUUUUAGCAGUUGUUGCCUGACGUGCUGGUGUCCAUGCAUUGCAUUUGGACGUAUUGCAGAGAUUGUUGACAGGGGAUCGACUUCAUGUGGAGUGAGUGGAGCUCUAUACACAUUGCUGCUCUGCAUGACGGGUUGCUCGUGUUUAUAUUCAUGUUUUUAUCGAUCGAAACUGAGAGGACAAUAUUUUUUAGAGGAGAGUGUCUGCUGCACCGAUUGUUGCAUUCAUUUCUGCUGUGAGCAAUGUGCUUUGUGCCAGGAGUACAGAGAACUCAAGAACCAGGGCUUCGACUUGUCUAUAGGGUGGCAUGGAAACAUGGAAAGACAGAAACGAAUAGCAGGAAUUGCUCCAAUACCGGAAGGAGGCAUGAUUCGGUAG